CUCCAAUGCUGGAGAAUAUCCGCCAUGCGAAGACAGAAGAAACGAGCUGCGUCGAAAAACAGCUUGCUGCAACCAAUUAUAAAUGCUUGCUCGACUAGUUCUGAUUGGGACCUCUGCCAAGCUCUUGGCUCAACGCGGGACCCACUUUCUCGUUCGCGCAACAGUCUCAGCGGAGAGUUCGGGAGAAGGAAGAAUUAUGAAUCCUGAUAUAUGCUCUAUAGGAUUACUGUUAAGCUCUACGACUGCUCUGGAUCACUCGAUUUCCUCUGCCCAAGUGGUACGAAGUUCCCGAGCUGUGAGCAAGAUUUCUGAAAACAUAUGAAGCAGUUAUCCCUGUUCCGUUAUCGGCUUGCUCAUCAUAGUAUGAGCAUCCGAGUACGUGGUCUGCAUCGAGCGUACCACAUCAGAAUCAGGACCAUGGCACGUUGCCAUUAUCUCGGAAUGGAGUCUUUGGCGAGUGCGCUUCCCGUUUCGAUGUAUGCCAAAGGAGCUUGGUCAUGGACUUUCGUGUCUCGUGACUUGAAACUGUCAGUCUCAGAUUUCAACCAUGAUUUCAACCAUGAUUUUAUCAACCGGGAGAUUCGCGUCAACAUUCCUACUGGAUCGAGGAAGGCUUCUGCGGGCGACAUCCUCCUACCUAGCGAACGCUCCAGCCCAACCGUUCGGACGACGACUUGUCUUGGGGCUGGCAUAAAUCUUGCACUCAACCGAGCAGAGCAUGUCUGGAUCCCUCUCUUUAUCAUAUCCCUAUCGACCAUGAUUUCGAUCUAGUUUUUUGCAGUACUUUUACGGAUUUGAGCAGGGCCCAUCAUCUCGCCCCUGCCCUCUCUCUUUCCCUCACACAGACCCGCCGUAGUACUCCUGAAAAUGAGCGAUAUCGAGAAAGGCAGCGCAGGGACAGUCUCCGCGCCGGCAUCCGUUGUGCACCAGGCAGCCGUCGCUCCAGCUACCGCGGCGCCGCCGCAGACCAUCGCGAGCGCCGGCGCGCUGGGUCUGUUCUCGUUCGCGUCGACGGUGCUGAUCUUCUGCCUUUACUUCAUCGGCACGGACGGCAUCCAAUCAACCAACGUGGUCGUCGGCAUGUCCUUGUUCUGUGGCGGACUGGCGCAGUUCAUCGCCGGCAUGUGGGAGUUCCCGAGGAACAAUGCGUUCGCUGGCACUGCUUUCGCGUCGUACGGAGCGUUCUGGCUGUCUUUCUCCACAAUCUUUAUCCCCGGCUCUGGUAUCCUCGAGGCCUACGGAAACAACGUUGACGAGCUCAACCACGCGCUGGGGCUGUACCUCUUCUCGUGGUUCAUUGUCUCAUUCUUGUUCCUGGUCGUCACGCUCCGCAAAUCCGUCGCGUUCAUCCUCCUGUUCUUCCUGGCCAUGAUGACCUUCCUGCUCCUGGCGAUCACCAAAUUCCUCCCCGGCCCCGGGGUCACCAAGGCCUUCGGCGCGUUUGGGAUCUCGCUCGCGUUCGUCGCGUACUACAUUGGUCUCGCGGACCUCCUGGCUGCGGAGCCGAACCCGCUUUUCACCCUGCCGCUCGGCAUAUUCUAAUCGGACCCCUGGAUCAAGCGCGGGGUAUCCGAAGGAUGGGAUUAAUUAUACAUACCUAUAUAGCAUACCUAUACAAUCCAACUCUCUCUCUGUGUGAAAUCGAAGUUGCAUACCGCGACCAACCUCAAUGAGCCCAAUGUUCCAUCAGUAACACACUGAAAGCACUGAUGAUAGUCAAACCCAAGUCAGGCUGUUUCGCUGAUAGAGAUAUGCGCAGGGA